GUUUUUAUCUGAAGGAGCUGAAGCUGUUUAGUUUCAGGUCAGCUCGUCAGCUUAACACUGUCUACUUAGGGCUAUUUUUUGUUAUCUGAAAUCUCAAAUUCAUUUAAUAGAAAAAACAUCAACAUGUUUUCCAGCUGCAUAUUUCUGGUGACUUCUUUUUUGAUUAUUCUGCAGUGUUUCCAUGCAUCUUCAUGUGAUACCAACUGUCCAGAUAAACCUGUGUUGACUCCAUCUAGACUGGUGGUGAAGUACGGUGAUCCAGCCUCUGCCACAUGUGUGGCUUGUCAAAAGGACUGUCUUCCUGUUGAGGAGAGCGUUAUUGCUAUUGAAAUACCUGUGGGAUAUAGCUCAACAAAUGGAACCACAGUGAAGUGGAAAGUAGACCAUCUUAGAUUAUGGGACAGUGAACCAAAAUGCUUCUAUACUGACAAGAAUGAUAAACAGUGUUGCAGCCGCCUAUCUGUUACUGUGUACCAGCCUCCAGAAAGUGUUUCCAUCAGCUUAAAUCAAAGUGGACCUCUGACCGAGCAUACAGAGUACAUCCUGCAGUGCUCUGUACAAGAGGUAGCUCCCAUUCAAAAACUAGUUGUGACCUUUUACAAAGGAAAUACACAGCUGGGUAGCAUGCAUGGCGACAGUACCCCCAAAAAAACAGUAAAUAAGAUCUUUACUUGGAGUUUUCACACGAGUAAAGAAGAUAAUGGAGCCCAGUUCUGGUGUGAUGCAAAACUGGAAUUGGGACCUGAAGGACCACAGCCUCCUCCAGUGUUGAAAUCAAACUAUCUCACUGCUACAGUUCACUAUGGGCCUCUGCUUAAGGUUUCAGCUGAUCCAGAUCCAAUCACCAUCACAAGAGGAAACACUCUCAAUCUGACCUGCUUGGCUGAGGGCAACCCUGAACCUUCGUACAGCUGGACGUUGCCGUCCAAUAAGGGUUACCACAGUGGGACCAGUCUCAUCGUUCAGUCAGUGGAUUAUCAGGAUGAAGGAGAGUAUGUCUGCACUGUUAGCAGCAAACUGAAAACUAUCCACGUGAAAUUUAAUGUACAAGUCCAAAAAAACAUCUGGCUAUACAUUAUAAUUGCUACAGUAGUUGCUGUGGCUCUGCUUUUGACCAUCUUAGCAAUCUUCUAUUUUUUUUACUAUAAACACAAUAAAAUGGGAAAGUACCAGCUAAAGGAUGUUUUCCGUUUGGGUACAGUACGUCACACUGCUAUUCCUCUGAGUGCUUAAAUAAAAUCACUUGAUGGACCUUCUAAAGCUGAGGUUUUGAAGACAGCUACAGUGAACCUGCGUUCAUCUUGCUACAGGAUCUCUUAAUUUCCAAUCAUGGACAAAAGGUGUUCCUCUUUAUGGAAGUUUUCAAUUCUUUCUAGAUGGUUAAAGUCUUGUAAGAAAGGAACAUGAACUCUUUGCAUCUGAAAUCCACUAAGGCUGGAAUGGACUGUAAUUAUUUAGUCUUUCUCAUUUAAUUUCUUUGUGAUUUUAGAUAAAGAGACAAACUGUGGUAAAACUGUUAUGAAUUGUAAAAACGAAUUGCAAAUGCCUUUUCUAAAGUGUUUGUUAUAGAUACUGGUUACAUCUGUUUAUAUGUGCUCUUUUAAAAAUUAUUGUAUUGCAAUUAAAUCCAGAAAAGUAUGUAUCAUCUGCAUAUUUUCCCAUUUUAGUUAUUACAGGCAUAACAACUGUGAAUGUUUUAUUUAAAAAUUUCCUUUUAAAAGUAGUUGGAAUAUCUAGGUACAGCAUAAGUGAACAGGAUGAAGUAGAACUAGGCAGGGGAUUUACAUUAUGGACCUGGAUUACCAACAUCUGGCUUUAGACCAAGACUUUUAAAUACAACUCCCCUUAAAGCACUACAAAACUUGCUUUUGCUCCACAUAUGUGCUUUUAUUUAUGUGUAUGUUGUCGUCAUUAGAAGUGACUUAAUGGAUUAGGCUGGGAAUAUGUCACCUUUCUCUGCUAGACUUCCACAUUCUCACAUUUUUUUUGUAUCAAAAUGUAGACCAGUUACAAUGAAAAGCAUAUGAAGUUCAGAUGGUUUUAGUAUCACUCUUUAAUCUAUUCUGUUAUGUUUAAAAAAAAAAAAGUGUUUCAGUGAAGUUUCAGGCAAGGAGAGAGUCAAUAAUGAAGGCAAAAAUAAUGGAUAGUGUACACAGUGGCAACCUCCUCCCCCCACACACACUGACCUGUUCAGAAGCACAGUUAAUUUACCACACUUGUAUUUAACUUGACUCUGUAGAAUGUAAUGAAGCUAAGAUUUCAGUGUUUCUCCAAGAUUUUCAUGCCUCUCAUGAUCUGUGUUUCCUAUGAAUAAUGAAAAUUCUGCAUAUUUGGAAAUAUUUGCUGUCAGUGACACCUUUGUGAAGUUAUCUUUAGCUCUAUUCAUUUAACUCUUUUUGACUCAGCUGUAAAGUUAUACAUUCCUACUCAUUUAGAAAUGUCUAAUAGAAUUUGACUCUAUGGAACAGUUUUGAAGACAUGAAGUUUAAAGGUACAGACACAUCAUAGGCAAAGUUACUUUUGGAAAAGAUGGAAUAUUGUUGAAUAAAGACAAGCUUUUUUUUUUAUCUAUUUUUAAACUGUAAAUAAAGUAAAAAAUUCUUCUAAAGACAUA